UGGGGCGUGUUCUCGGUGCCCAGCUUCGGCAGCGAGUGGUUCUGGUGGUACUGGCAGAAGGAAAAGAGAGAGCCCUAUGUGAAAUUUAUGGAGGCCAAUUACCCACCUGGCUUCCGUUAUGAAGAUUUUGGGCCACUGUUUACAGCAGAAUUCUUUGAUCCUAACCAGUGGGCAGAUAUUCUGAAGGCUUCAGGUGCAAAAUAUGUUGUCUUAACUUCAAAACAUCAUGAAGGCUUUACUUUGUGGGGGUCCAAAUAUUCUUGGAACUGGAAUGCUGUUGAUGUGGGACCGAAGCGGGAUCUUGUUGCUGAACUAGCAGCAUCUGUUAGAAACAGGACUGACUUGCAUUUUGGGUUAUACCAUUCCCUGUUUGAAUGGUUUAAUCCUCUCUUCCUUGAGGAUGCCACUAAUGUCUUUAAGACAAGAAAGUUUCCAACCAGUAAAUCAUUACCAGAACUCUAUGAAAUUGUGACCAAGUACCAGCCAGAAAUAAUUUGGUCUGAUGGGAAUGGAAAUGCUCCAGAUACUUACUGGAACAGCACUGGUUUCUUGGCUUGGCUGUAUAAUGACAGCCCAGUCCGAGACACAGUUGUAACCAAUGACCGCUGGGGAGUUGGCAGCAUCUGCACCCACGGCGGGUACUACACCUGCAGUGACCGGUACAACCCCGGGCACCUCCUGCCUCACAAGUGGGAGAACUGUAUGACCAUCGACAGGAGGUCCUGGGGGUACCGCAGGGAGGCGCAGCUCAGUGACUACCUCACCAUCGAGGACUUGGUGAAGCAACUUGUAGAAACGGUGUCUUGUGGUGGAAAUCUCUUGAUGAAUAUCGGGCCCACUCACGAUGGUCGCAUCGCUGUUAUAUUCGAGGAGCGCCUGAGGCAGAUGGGUGCUUGGCUGGAGGUCAAUGGAGAGGCCAUCUAUGGAACAAAACCAUGGAGAGCACAGAACGACUCGGUCACGCCAGAAGUGUGGUACACUUUCAGCCCUAAAGAAGGGACAGUCAGUGCUGUCUUCCUUAACUGGCCAGUCUCUGGGAUUCUGGAACUUGGUGAGCCACAGGCUAAGCUUGGAGAAACACAGGUGAAGCUGGCUGGCUACAAGGAACUGCUGAAAUGGGUUGCACUGGGAGAAAAGGGACUGAUUAUAGCUCUACCUCAAUUAACUCCUAAGCAAUUGCCAUGCCAGUGGGGCUGGACUUUACAACUGACUGCCAUAAAAUGAGCCAUACUCUGCUGGAGCCCUGGCUAGCAGGGAAUGCUGACGUUUUGCUGUUUCUCAUCACUGUUUUUGAACUUACUUGCCUGUAAAAACACCAAUAAAUUCACUUUUUUUACGAAA